CCACGCCGCUCCCCAGACCGCCGCCGCGCCGUUCACCGUGGGAGCGGAGCGGAGCGGCCCCGUGCAUGGAGGACAGGUCAAAGUCUCUCUCCAGGGUCCGAGUUCCGGUCCAUUUAUCGGGUUCCUGCUGGAGGCCAGAGAGCCGGGAGGCCGGUCUGCUGUGGGCUCGUUUCUACUGGGUUCUGGUCCGGCCGGCUCCUCGCUUGCUUCCAGAAACCCAACUCUGCCGUCUCCCACUCCUCUGGUUCUCCAAAGAGCAACAUCCAGGUGACCUGGCAGCCGGACCGAGACAGAACCGUUGGAGCGGUCCAGUUCCAAGCCUCCUUUGUUCAAAGCUACAGAACUUUCUGGGUCGGAGUGAAAAGUCCGGUUCUGAGUCUGAAUGGAAGCCGGGCGCGGAUACCGGCACCCCGCCUCCCGGCACCCCGCCUCCCGGCACCCCGCCUCCCGGCACCCCGCCUCCCGGGUUUGCUUCCAUCUCUAAUGUCGGCUGCGGUUCCACCAAGCUGUGCUUCAGCCAGCCCCCAAAAUGUAAUCCGGCCAUCAGCUCCAAAUGCUUCUUCAUGUCAGCCAGGCUUCUGACUCCGCCCAAAUCCGGGGUCCGGUACGAGCUGUGCGGACCUGCUGAAGGAUACAUAGCUUUUGGGUGGUCAGAUGAUCGGAAGAUGGGUAACGAUGACAUCUACCUCUGUGCCCUGAGCAGCGCUGGAAUUGCUGAUGUGCAGCGGGCCUUCUCUGUUGGACGGAAAGCUCCGGUGAUUCAAUCUAAGGGACAUGUCUCAGAUAUACAGAUCUCCAACCAGAACAAGGUCCUGGCCUGCACAUUCACCUCCAAGAACGCCAUCUUCACUUCCAGGAGCUCCAACUUCAGCUCUGACAAAUUCUUCCACCUCCUGCUGGCCUAUGGACCCAGCACCAAUGGGGUCAUCAUGGAGCACAAGAAAGCUUACAGCAGCAGCCACAAGGUGGCGCUGACAUCUCCUAAUGUGAUGCAAAGUGAUGGAAAGGAGCAGAUGAUCAGAGCCCACGGUUGCCUGAUGCUGCUCGCCUGGAUGACCUUUGGUCCGCUGGGGAUGAUUGUGGCUCGGUACCAGAGAAGACCAAGCCAGGUCCAGAUGUUUGGCAAAGAUCUGUGGUUUGUGGUCCAUGUCUCCGUGAUGAGCUUCACCGUGGCAACCACCAUCAUCGCCUUCAUCCUCGCCUUCUCAUACCUUGGCGGCUGGGAAUACGGAGUUCAUUCAGUGCUGGGCUGCCUGGUUCUGACUCUGGUGCUGAUCCAGCCCAUCCUGGCCUUGACGCGCUGUGCGCCGCAGCAUCCAAGGCGGUUCCUGUUCAACUGGGCUCAUUUCGUCAUCGCCGUGCUUCUGAAGGUCUUAGCAGUGGCAGCCAUAUUUACAGGCAUGAUGAUGAUGGACAGCAGCAGCGAUGGCUGGAUGAUGAAGGUUUUGGGCGGCUUCACCGGCUGGGAGGUGAUGAUGCUCAUCCUGAUGGAGCUGCAAGCCAGAUGGCGGAGCGCCGCAGAUAGCAGCGAUCCUGUGGAGCCUGACACGGUGGGACGGGACGUCCUGCUGGUGGCGCUCUUCCUCACCGGAACCUGUCCUUCCUCAUCGCCCUGCUGGCUGGAAUAGGACAGGCGGCGUCUCCCUAGGCUCUGCUCAGCUCUCACUCUGAGUUCGUUCUGUUCCUCACAUGUUCAGCCGUGAUGCAGAGAUGAGUCCGUUAUGAUGCAGCUGAGGAUGAGUUACAUGUUUGUUCUACAGUGGAGAAACUUCAGCGCAUUUGUAGCUGAUCCCCAGUACUUGAAUUAAAAACAGCCGGUCUCGA